UCUAUCUAUCUAUUUAUCUAUCUAUCUUUCUUUCUUGCUCUCCUCCUGUUCCUCCUCUUAGUGCGGAAUUGUGAGAAAGCCGAAAAUGGAGGAAUAUUUACAGCAAGGUCCACCAGCCUAUAAGCGAGCAAGGCCCGGCGACUCUCUUCAAAUUUCAACCAAUUUCUCGGAUGCUAGAUCAAAUAUGGUACCUUUUGGGUUUAUUGCAACUCAAGAUAGAGAAACAGAUAUAAAUAUGACAUCAAUGUCAAUGACUGGUAAUUUGGCUUUAAAUCCAAUACAAGAUUUUGGGCAACUUUCUACACCUGACUGGAGACACGCUAUUCCUCCAGAUAGCAGAAAUCGUUUUGUACAUAAGAUAUCUCAAGCACUUAUACAUAAUACCCGAAAUGGAGAAAAUUCAGAUAAUAGAUCACGAAAGUGGAUUGCUGCAGCUAGAAAAAUUGAAGGUAAAGCAUUUAAAACAGCAACAUCACGAGCACAGUAUUUUAAUCUUGUAAAAGAAGAAAUUCAUAAAAUACAGAUGGGAUAUGGUUUUCCUUCAAUGUCUAGUCAAUUUCUUCCUUCAAGUAGUACAACUUCAGCUGCAGCUACAAAUAACAUACAAUUAGUUAACAUGCAACAAAAUUAUGGACCAAACAAUUUUGGAGAACCAGUUACAGCAACUCAAUCUCAUAAUCAGUCAGGCAUUACACACUCAGUAACAUCUGUUAAUUUAUUCUCUGAAGAAGCUGUUGGAGGAACUAUGAGAAUUCCAGUUAGUAGUUCAAUAGGAUCUGCUCGUCCACAAUUUGAAGCAUUUAAUAGUAGACAACCAGGACCUCGACCAAUGGUUCAUGAUCAAGUGCAUGGUAGCAGUAUACCAAUAGGCGAUUCAACGCAAUUUAUGCCAAACGCAGAACAAGUUCUUGCUCCAAACAUUUUACACCCAAUGAAUGCUUUAAUGGCAACUCCACUUAGUCAAUUCAUGCCUUCACCAGCUGUUAGUUCUCAGCAACGCUUCGGCCUUAAUGACUCUGCACAGGGAGUACUAUCAGAAAAUAGUAGUAUCAUUAAUUCGCAAAUCCCUGGUAGAUUACAAUCCAAGGAAUGGCACAAAUCUGUUACCUUCAAUGUUAGAAAUCGUCUUAUUCGUAAAAUGGCGCAAAUACUUUCUACAACUCCAGAUCCUCAAGCAGGAAGCUUAGAGAAUAGAAUGCAUAAUUGCAUUUCUAUUGCUACUAGCGUGGAAAAUGAAACAUAUAGAACCGCCAAUUCAAUGACACAGUAUUAUGAUUUAAUGGCUAAACGAUGUCAUUUUAUUGCAAAAGAACGAGCAAAUCCAACACAAGCGGGUAUCCAAUACUACAAUUUGUCGGAUAUUCGACGGACGUACGAGGCGCUUGGUAUUGCUUACCCGAUGGGUCCUUCUCCAUUUCCAGGCAAUGGUGGUGGUGGUGGUAUUGGUGGUAGCGGUGGUGGAGGUUCGACAGGUAACAAUGGAGGUGUCAGCAGUGGUGCUGGAACUGGUACGGCUGUUAAUAUGAGAUUACAUGUGAACGAUGUACCACCACCCCCAGGAGUCUUGCCUAAUCUGAUGGGCUCAGCAAGUGGCACCUCACUUCCUUACUGCCCAGUUUUCGCUAGGGGCCAGGCCACCGCCAUUCAGCAAGCAAAUCACAAUCAAUUACUUGAUCGGUUUGUGCAAGGCACGGUACCGAUGAGCUUGGAAGAGGUGCCAGAUGUCAUAAAGCAAUUGGCUCAUGCUUACAAGUGCCAAGAACGCGAGAACCAAGAAAAUGACGUAAUGCUGCUGUGCUCGUUGCCUCACUGUCGCGAGACGAAGAAUCUCCUCAAUCAUAUAACGACCUGUCCGGUCGGCAUAAGUUGCUGCGGUUCCACCAAGGAGAUUAUCGAUCACUGGAACCGGUGCGUCGUCAGCGACUGCCCGAUUUGCCUACCCCUCAGGCAGGCCGAGAGAAACCUCACCACCAACGUCGCAUCGACAACAAGCCUGAAUAACCAAAUGAACGUGAACCCGGUAUUCAUGCGACGGCCGCAUCGGGGUAUGGGUUCGAACUAUCCAUCCACAGCAACUUCAGGUCUUCUUUCGAACCAGUCGCAAAAUGGACCCAGCGGUCUCAAUGGACCGAAUAAUGGUGUUGGUGGCAGUGGCGGUGGCGGUGGUGGUGGCGGUAGUGGUGGUGGUGGCGGUAGCAGUGGCAAUAAUAAUAGCAACGGAAGCGUCGGUGGUAGUGGUGGCAAUGGACGCAAUGAUCGCAUUUCACCUCGAUCCUCCAUGUGGCAUUCAAAUUACAAUGAUAGUCUCAACUGGCGUUCGUCUGGUAAUCAAAGCUCCGACAUGUCUAUGGACGGAGGCACUGGUAGGCGGUCUCAGCCUCGCUUCUGGCUACAUAACAGGAACAAUGCUAAUAGGCAUGAGAGGCGGGCACCUUAUAAUAGCCCCUGGGCUGCCCCCGAAAUUAUCUUUGUAGAUAACAUGAGGAACGGUGGACAACCACCAAGAGGCGCCUCACUCUUCGGGCCAGCAGGUAGCAACAGAAAUGUUGACAGAUUACAACCUUAUGGCACACCAUGGCGCUCGCCCGAUAUUCUUUUUGUGGAAAAUGUCAGGCCCGCUCAUCGCCAAACUCAAGUGAAUAAUGCUGGCUUCGACUCGCAACGCCUCAUAUACUCAGAUGAACCUGUUAUCAUUCCACCAGAAGAAGAUGCUACUCCUACUGAGCAUCAGCAAAUGAUGGCUAUUGUGAAAGUUGUAAAAACGCACGGAGGUAGACUUGAACAGAAAUUCCGUUGUGCCCGACGUAGCUGCAGUGCGUCAUGGCCUUGUCUUCACCGACGCCUUGCCGCCUCUAUCCACAGUCACAAAACACCGAUCCCAGGAUGAUCAGGAUAUGCGGUCGUACAUUUAUACUCAGGGCACUUCUACAAAUCGUUCCUUAUAGAGGUAGUUUAUUAUCAAAAUGAGUUCUAUUUUUAUACACAGAUCGAGCCAGUGAAAGAAUUUUGUGGUACAAAAUGAAGGAAUAAGAUGACAGUAAUAAUGAGGUUGAUGAACUGAAAAGAUGGAAAUGUAUUGAUAAGCAUUGUUGUCGCCAAAAUAUAUCAAGAAUGGUAUAUAAAUCAAAAGUGUAAAACUUUGCGGACGAUUUAAAAAGU